UGAAAGUUGGCGGCAAUGGACUACACUAGACUAACCUAUUAUAACCUGACUAUCGAGAAUUCACGUGUAUAAUACUUGGUUACACAUGGUUACACAUGGUUCAGAAUAUUAAUUUUCUAUAUUAAUUAUACUAAACAAUUCGUCGAAAUGAAGCACAAAAAUUUACGAAUAAAUCCUUUAAGUAAAGUUCAAAAAAGGAAAAAUGAAGAAGAACCUAGUACUUCAGAACACAAAACAUCAGAGGUUAUUUUGCCCUCUGACAGCAAUUUUAAUCACAUAAAGUGUAAAGCAGUUCGUUAUCAGAAAUGUCAGAAGUUAAUGAAAGAGAAAGCAAAGGCAAAAAAAGAAGCCAAAAAGAAAAGAAUUCAAGAAGGUGGUCCAAAACAAGUUCCACAUACUAUUGAGAGCUUAAGAGAAAAAGAUGAGACUACUGUCACUGGUGAUCUUGAUGAUGAAGAGAAUGCAGAACUUAAAGUUGAUUUUGAACAUGAUGAAUUUGCUGCUUACUACAAGCAUGCUUAUGAACCCAAAGUUUUGAUUACUUUUAGUGAUAAUCCAACAAGAAAGAAUAGAAUUUUUGGAAGAGAAUUAACAAGAAUAAUACCAAAUUCUGUCUCUUUAUAUAGAAAUCGUUCUGGUGUAAAGAAAAUGGUAAAAAGUGCCGUUGCAAGGAAUUUCACUGACAUUAUAAUUGUUAAUGAAGAUCAAUGCAAACCAAAUGGUAUGUUAAUUAUUCAUUUACCUGAUGGACCAACAGCACACUUUAAACUUAGUAAUGUUAAAUUAACAACAGAUUUAAAACGUAAUCAUAAAGAAAUUUCUGAACAUAGACCAGAAGUUAUUUUAAACAAUUUCACUACCCGUUUGGGUUGUACAAUUGGUAGAAUGUUAGGAGCACUAUUUCAUUAUGAACCAGAAUUUAAAGGCAAGAGGGUAGUAACAUUCCAUAAUCAAAGAGAUUAUAUAUUCUUCAGACAUCAUAGGUAUCAGUUUGACAUGGAAAGAGGUAAACCCAGGUUAAGAGAGUUAGGACCAAGAUUUACCUUAAAAUUAAAAUCAUUACAACAUGGAACAUUUGACAGUAAAUAUGGAGAAUAUGAGUGGCUCAUACAAGGAAAAAGGCAUGAUAUGGAAACUAGUAGAAGAAAGUUCUUCUUAUAAAAUUUAUUUAAUACAAAGGUGUUUUAUUACUUCAAAUAAAUAAUAAAAAGCUUUUUUAUAAGAAAUA